GGAUGAGUGCGGUCACUCCUGCCAGAGUCUUUCUGGUGAAGCGCAGGGAUAAUUCCAUUCCUUAUUUCUCUUCUCAUUUGGAGCUGAACCAGGCGCAAGAAUGACGAUUCGCACGAACCGCCCGGACCGGCUGCAGCAUUUCCGGCCUCGCAUUCACUGCUUAAAGAAGCUGGAGGCCAUUGUUGUUGAGAUGCAGGACCAGAAAAGUGGGGUCAAAGGUUCGGAGCAGAAGCUUAACGUCACCUCCAUCCCUCAUGUGAUCGCUGGGAAGGACGUCGUGGCGUGGCUUGUCAAUAAGAUGAAGAGCCCUGUGGAAGAGGCCCAGGCCUUCGGCACCAUGCUGGUGGCCUACGGCUACAUUUACCCUCUGCAGAACCACAAGAAGCUGGUGCUGUGCAACGACUCCAACAUGUACCGCUUCCAGACUCCAUAUUUCUGGCCGACACAGAAAUGGUUUGCGGAAGACACAGACUACGCCAUUUACCUGGCAAAGAGGAACAUCCGUAAGAAGGGUCAGCUGGAACCGUACGAGCAGGCGCAUUACAACCACCUCCACAAAUGGCUGAAUCACAAGUGGGACUUCAUUGUCAUGCAGGCCACCGAGCAGUACAAAGCCGGGAAGGAGCGGAAGAAGCCGGACCGCGUGGUGUUCGACUGCCAGGAGAGAGCUUUCUGGAUAGUGAACAGGCCCCCGAAGCGCACGUUCAGCGCCAUGGACACUGGUCCAGAGCGUCUGAUCGAUCCCAACACGGAGCAGGUCGCAUCCUUUGAUGAGCUCAGGCGAAGGCACAUCUUCUACCAACAAGCUAUCAUGAGGUCAAAGGUGAAGUCCAGCGUGUCCCUCGGAGCAUUGGUCAAGUACAUCACGACCUACAAAAACCACGACCCGUUCCUGGCUCCGUGUCUACCCAGCAACCCCUGGCAGACGGACAACGACUCGUACUGGAACCUCAACAUGAGGAGGGUGGACUUGCCCACCAAGAUGCGGGUGGAGCGUUGGUCCUUCAGCCUGUUCGAGCUGCUGAGCGACCUCAGAGGUCGAGACGACUUCAAGAUCUUCCUCAAGAAGGAGUUCAGUGGCGAGAACUUGGCGUUUUGGGAGGCUGCUGAGGAACUGAAGUGGGGCACUGCGUCCUCCAUGUCCUCCAAAGCAGAGUCCAUCUUCAAGAUGUUUCUGGCACCUGGCGCCCCCCGCUGGAUCAACAUCGACGGCAGAACGAUGGGGCUCACUGUGAAGGGCCUGGACCAUCCACACCGCUACGUGCUGGAGGCAGCACAGACCCAUGUCUUCCUGCUGAUGAAAAAGGACACGUUCUUCCGGUACCUCAAGUCUCCAGUCUACAAGGACAUCCAGAAGAAGGCGCUGAACCCUGAACCGCACAACUUCAGCCCGGCCCAGGUGGAGCAGAACGCCCAGAACCGGGCCCCAGGAAUCCAUCCAAUUAUUCUGUGGAAGCAGGAGGAGGAGGAGAAGGCCAAAGCUGCCGCGGCGUCUGCUCCGGUCGACGUCAAGACCAUGAUGAGCAAGAUAGACAGGAAGAAGUAGAGAGCUCCUCCAGCGCAGCUGAGGAGGAAACCUUAGAAACCAGCACUCCUAGUGGAUUCCUGUCCUAAAGGGUCGCUUCCUCGCUGACCCGCUGGGGGUGGAGGAUCUCACUCUUCGCCCCCUGAAACUACUUCUGUCUCCACGUCAGCUGCAAGAUGUUUAAAUGUAGUUCCACCGUCACUUCUGUGCUGGGAGAAGGAUUGCUCUUUCUUCUGAAGAAAAUACAUUCCAGUACGUAACAAAUAAAGAUCCACGUGACAUUAGAGUCUGAGCUGGUUUGACCCAGGCGCACGGUCUGCAGGGGAAUGAAACGCAGUACAGGAGCCACUGAUCCCAGAACCCAGAGCUACUCACUCUCAUUUAUUCUGUACAAAGCGUGGCAAAGUCCAGUGGUGCGGCGUCACUUGCCAGACAGCCAGCUGAGCUUGAACAGCGACGGUGCUGCCGCGUCCUCGUCCUGAUCUGCCAGCUGCCUGAAGAAGCUGCCGGGCCGGACCUGGUCAUCAGAAGUGGAUGUGGACACGGUGGGAGCCUGUGAGCAGACCGCAAGAGCUUCAGUCCCAGAGUUGAAGGACCGCGGUUUCAGAGGAAGCUGCAGCUCAACAUUCUCUCAGUCAGAACACAUGUCCACCGACAUUCCUGACCAGCACGCUGUUAUGACGGGGAUGUUAAUGACCAUCACCCUCUUGUGGAGCAAAACAAUCCAGUGAGAUUCUUAUGUCACGCGUGUUUUUUGGAGGCGUCUGAUGUGUCCCAGAGUGGGAAGAAUGAAGACCACCUGAUCCACAGGUAAAAGCUCCUUCCAAACCUCGACCCGACGGUUAGAGUGACACCCUUGGGUUGGUCUGAAGGAUUAAACACUGUGUGAGCAGUCACACUGGGGAACUUGCCUGUGAGUCCUGAAUUCAAAAUCUCUGCAGAGGCAGCAGGUGGAACACAAACAUUUAUCCAAAAAGGAACAAACCAGAACAGAGAAAGUGAGUGAGUGAGUGAGUGAGUGAG